AUAACCCUCCAACCGAAAGAAAAAGAACCGUCUCGCCUUCGCAUCUCUCUCUCCGAGAGAGAUAAAAGAGAGAAACUAGAAAUUCUCGAAAUCUUCUUUUUUUAUAAUUUUCCAAUCUCCUUCGUGAUUUCCAGAUCUUCGUUUCGUUGGUCUCCGGGAGAGGAAGAGAGAGGGAGAGAGAUUGAUCUGUAGAGGUGACGGGUUAUCAUGGCCGGACGCUACGACAGCAAUCCCUUUGAGGAAGAAGACGUCAAUCCGUUCGCUGACACUGCAGGGAGAAAAGGAUCAGGUCAAUCAAACUAUGGUGGAGGUGCAUUUUAUACCACAAAUCCCGGCAGUGUCCCUCCUGCAGCAAAUUCAAGGCUUUCUCCUCUUCCUCCUGAACCUGCGGAUUUCAACUAUGAUCGUGGUAGUGCAAAUAUUGAUAUUCCUCUUGACACAACAAAGGAUCUGAAAAAGAAGGAGAAGGAACUAAAAACCAAGGAGGCAGAAUUGAAUAAGAGGGAACAGGAUCUAAAACGGAGGGAGGAGGCUGCAGCACGAGCUGGAAUUGUUAUAGAGGAGAAAAAUUGGCCACCAUUUUUUCCCAUUAUUCAUCAUGAUAUUGCAAAUGAAAUACCAAUCCAUCUGCAAAGGAUACAAUAUUUUGCAUUUGCAACAUUUUUAGGAUUGAUCAUCUGUCUUCUCUGGAACAUCAUUGCAGUUACCUUAGCAUGGAUUAGAGGGGAAGGUGUGACGAUCUGGUUCCUUGCUAUUAUCUAUUUUAUAUCAGGGGUUCCAGGAGGUUAUGUGUUGUGGUACCGCCCUCUUUAUCGUGCCAUGAGGACUGACAGUGCUUUGAAGUUUGGAUGGUUUUUCCUUUUCUACCUGCUUCACAUUGGUUUCUGCAUCUUUGCUUCUGUGGCCCCUCCUAUUAUUUUCAAAGGGAAAUCUCUGACAGGUAUCUUGCCAGCAAUAGAUGUUCUCGGCGACCACGCCUUGGUUGGGAUCUUUUACUUCAUUGGGUUCGCAUUCUUCUGCCUUGAAUCACUACUUAGUGUCUGGGUUAUUCAGCAAGUGUAUAUGUACUUCCGAGGGAGCGGAAAAGCUGCUGAAAUAAAGCGAGACGCUGCAAGAGGUGCCUUGAGGGCGACACUAUGAUACCAAAUCCAUGGUAUGGAUUGGAACAGCAAAACUGCCCUUUGUGGGAGCAGACAAGGGAUUUUCUCGUACUCAUUACUGAGUUGUCACACAUGUUUCAUAUGUUUGUGGGUUUUGUGAUUUUACUGCUUAGGGUUUUGAGGUACUUUUAGAGGGAAGGGGAAGGAACUUGCAAGCAUAGCUCUGUAAUCUUGUAUUGGAGAGGUGACAACCUUUUUCAUUUUUUUUUCAUUUUUUUUUUUAAUUUAUAAUUUUGCGUUUCAAUUGCUUUGAUAGCUUC